AAUAAAAAAGAACAUAGUAAGAGGGGAAACUGAAAAGUGAAAGAGAAGUUAGAAGUAACUACCAAAAACCUGUCCGGUUUGUAAAUAUUGCGGGAGGGUUUUUGUAGGGUUUUUUUCGUAAGCCAAGAAAAAACCUUUAAAUUUGUUUACACUCAAAAUUAGGAUAAGAGGGGAAGUCCAAAAAAAUGGGUUCUUUGAGAAAUGGAACAGAAAUGGUCUUCCAUGAAGAAGAAGAACCAAUCUUGAAAGAGCAAUCCCAAAAGUACUGCACCUUUCCUAUUAGAUACCCACAACUUUGGGAAAUGUACAAGAAAGCACAAGCCAGUUUCUGGACUGCUGAGGAGGUUGACCUCUCUCAGGAUUUGCAGCAAUGGGAAGCCUUAUCUGAAUCUGAAAAGCACUUCAUCAGUCAUGUUUUGGCAUUUUUUGCCGCAUCAGAUGGAAUUGUUUUGGAAAAUUUGGCUGCUAGGUUUCUGAAUGAUGUGCAAAUUCAAGAGGCACGCGCAUUUUAUGGUUUUCAAAUUGCAAUGGAAAAUAUUCACUCGGAGAUGUACAGCUUGCUUCUGGAGACUUAUAUCAAGGACUCAAGGCAGAAAAAUAUGCUUUUUAAUGCAAUUGACAGCAUUCCUUGCGUCUCACUAAAGGCCAAGUGGGCUUUAAAUUGGAUACAGAGUUCCAGCUCAUUUGCUGAGAGGCUCGUAGCUUUUGCAUGUGUUGAAGGAAUUUUCUUUUCAGGAAGCUUUUGUGCUAUCUUUUGGCUGAAAAAGAGGGGGUUGAUGCCAGGAUUGACUUUUUCAAAUGAGCUCAUUUCUAGGGAUGAGGGUCUUCACUGUGACUUUGCUUGCCUUCUAUAUAGUUUUAUGCAAAAGCAAUUGACUUGGCAAAAGAUUCAUCAAAUUGUGCAUGAAGCUGUUGAAAUUGAAACUGAAUUUGUCUGUGAUGCCCUUCCCUGUGCAUUGAUUGGCAUGAAUGCAGAACUAAUGAGUCAGUACAUAAAGUUUGUUGCUGAUCGCCUCCUGGUUGCCUUAGGGUAUGACAAGAAGUAUAAUGUUGAAAACCCUUUUGAUUGGAUGGAAUUUAUUUCACUUCAGGGUAAAGCCAACUUCUUUGAGAGAAGAGUUGGUGACUAUCAGAAGGCUUCUGUGAUGUCAAGCUUGCAAGACAAUGGCAAGAAUUUUGAGUUCAAACUGGAUGAAGACUUCUAGAGUUUUUCCUCUUUUUCUGCGCCCUUGAUUUUUUGAAGCUUUAAGGGAACCUACCACAAGGGAAACUAUGGCAUAAUGAUCACAAAUCUUGGAGAUCAAGAUUCAAAUCCUAACAGAGAAAAAUAAUUGAAUCAAUACUCAUCUUUCUAUUUCAAUUUAUGUAGCAUUGUUUGAUUGAGUACGGAAUUUUUUAAAACUUGUGAUGUAGAACGAUUCUUAAACUAUUGUGUGAGUGAGUGUCAUUAUAAAUCAUUUCAUUAAGGUAAA